AUGUUCACAAGCGUUGAAAAUGCAACUGAGCGAAAAUAUGCACUUCGUCUUGCUGAAGUUGAUAGUGGUCGUUUAAGUUUAUAUUUAUCUGCUCUAUGGGGAGCUAAUCACAUCGAUAUUAUCGGUGCCACACAUUUGCGUAACAAUGUACUUGAUCAUAUUUGUCAAUCAACACAUAUUGAUAUUGAAGAUUAUAUGACUGAAGCACAAUGCAAAACACGUCAAGAAUAUUGUGAUAAAAUCAAAGAAGGUCUUAUAUAUUGUUGUCCAGAUGAACUUUAUGGUUUAGUUUCUUUAUAUUCAAAUUUCUUAUUUUGUAUUAUUUUAAAAAAACAAACUGAAAAUAAGAAAAUUUCUAUUCAUGUUUAUAAUUACGCACAAGAUAUAUUAUCCUACAAGAAGUGCAUUUUUAUAUAUUAUGAUAGUAUGACCGGUGAUUAUAAUCCAUUAUAUUUACAUAAUAAAAUUACGGACGAAGAAGAAAAGAAUAAUUUAAAACAUGAUGAUCCAAUGUUGAAAAACCUUCUUCUUGAUUUUAUCACAGAUGUGCUUAAAUAUGAAGAUGAAGCAAAAUUUGAAGACAUAAAUUUAAAUGGUCAACCCGUUACGUUACGAGGAUGUACCUUUGAAGACAGUCUUAUAGAUCAAUAUAUUCUGAACAACAUAAUUAUUCAUACUGAAAACGACACGCAGCCGCCAUCUAUUCCUGUUACUCAGACUUUACAAUCAUCGAUAUCGUAUACACAUAAAGGUUUGUUCAAUGCAGGGUUGGAGCCGAACUUGGAAGAAGUUAAGCGUUUACGUAAAAUAAUUGCUGAUUUUCUCCGUCAAAGAAAGGAUAUUGAUAUGGAAGAAAUGUUAAAGAGUCGACAUGAAACUCGUGAAGAUUACUGUAAUAGUAUAGAAACAACAAAUCGUUGGGGUGGUGAACCAGAAAUUAUCGCCUUCUCUAUGUUGUAUGAGAUAAUGGUCUGGGUUACAUCUGUUAAUUCUAAGGAUAAACAAAUAUAUUUUGUUAAAUAUCCUUCAGAGAAAAACUCAUUUAAUAGAUGCUGUUAUAUUAUCCGUAACAACGAUCAUUAUAAAUCACUGCAUUUAAGAAAUAGUUCAAAUAAAGCUAUUACAAUUUUUGAUUGUAAAGAUGAAAAUGAAGCAAACGAACGUCUUAUUCAAUUUGUUAAAAAAGAGUUUGUUGGUGCGUAA